GCCGCUAGCACGGAAGGGAUUAGAAUGGGCGCCGCCAUGACAUGCCGGUGCCGGAAGUGGCCUCCAAGGGCGUCGCCAUGACGCAUUGGGUUCUAAAGGGUCCGGGGCUGUCAAUCCGCAGCUAGAAGCAACAAGCAAAACCAACCGGAAAAGCGAGGCAGGGCGGGCUGAGCCGUGCGCCGCCACGAGAGCCUGCACCGGAAGAGGCGGGCUGUCGCUGCCUGAUUGAGCCCACACCGGCACUUCCCGGCCAUGCAGGCAGCCCUGGAGAUCACUGCCCGCUACUGCAGCCGAGAGCUGGAACAGUAUGGCCAGUGUGUGGCGGCCAAGCCCGAGUCCUGGCAGCGGGACUGUCACCACCUGAAGAUGAGCAUUGCUCGGUGCACAUCCACCCACCCGAUCAUCCGCCAGAUCCGCCAGGCCUGUGCUGAGCCGUUUGAGGCCUUCGAGGAGUGUCUGCGCCAGAACGAGGCCACGGUGGGCAACUGUGCGGAACACGUGCGCCGCUUCCUGCAGUGUGCUGAGCAGGUGCGGCUGCCGCCUUCACCCACAACGGUAGAGCAUCUGAGGGGGCCCCAGGAGAGCUGGCCAGGAAGAAUCCCUGGUCCUCCAUUCCCCAGAUUCAGUCGGUGUACCAAUGAGUAGCCAGCGUGGUGGCAAGGUGCCAAGUAGCAAGUUAAGCUGUGCCCCUGUGUAAAUCACCGCAAGAAAUUCCAGGACUUGAUUGGGUUUGUGGAUUUCUAGGUAUGUAACAUUUUCUAAUCGUUGUAAUUUUUUUUUCAUAAUAUCUUCAUUUUUAAGGCCUGUGGAGGUGUGUAAUGGCAGUUGUUUUCAUGUCUAACUUGUCUAUAUACCUUCUUCCCUCUGUUCUUGAUCAAUCAGGAACAGGAUCUUGUCAGUAUCUUCACAGAAUUUAUUUUUGAUUUUUUAUUUCCUUCUUCCUUUGCAUUUACUUUUCUGUUUUCCUUCUCUGUGGGACCAAUGUUUAGCUCAUUGGUUUCCAGUCAUUUUUUUCUCGUACUCAAAUUUUCUACAAAGCAUGACUUUCUCUUUUGAUUUCUUUGUUGAUCUCAUGUUAUUUGGAAUUGUAUUAAUUUCUAAACUUAAGGGGAUUUUUUUCUAGUUAUCUUGUUUAAUUGCAGUUUGGGAGCAUUAUUUUAUAUGACAAAUCUUGAAAUUUGCUGAAGGUUUGUGGCUUGGCACAGACUCUGGUUUUGUUCAUGUGCCAUAUGUGCUUGAAUCAUAAUCCUUGGUUCACCAUGCACUGUCUCAGCUUGGGUUCCACCAGAAACAGACCUUGAAACAAGGACUUGGGAGAUGAUUCCAAAAGGCCUUGGCAGGGGAGUGGGAAGUGACGGGAAGGGAAAGAAGUGCCUGAAGGGGCGUCGUCAAGCAAAUGAUCACCUUGGCCCAGCUGGGUCCUCCUCAGUGCCUGAGGGUCUCUUGGAAACAGUGUGGUACAUACUCCCUCUGUCAGUCAUUUGGUAAAGGCCACUUGCUGCUUGUCAGAAGACGCAGUGGGCUCUGAGGAGGGAAGUCUCUCUGGACAAGAGCAGCUGUCUUGGCUUGGGGCCACCCACUUUGGCGCCCGCUGCCAUUCCCAGCACAGCGGCCACAAUCACUUUCAUCUCUGCUGCUUGUCCCUGUUGCCACCCACUGCCCCAUCUUACCACAGCUACCACUGGUAGUUGAGGUCACAUGUCAUUUUCCAAAUUGUUUGACUUACUUCCCAAAGAAUGGCUACAUUCAAGCAAGAAGUCCACUGCUGGUGACGGGCAUGAAGGAAGAAGUGUCAGGAGCUGUGUGUGUG